CGUCGUUCAAUCCACACGUGAAACUUCCUUUGAUAUUGCAUUCAUAAUCAGGAUCAUUUUAACAUUCCAGAUCGAUCUCAAUAUAAAAAUAUUUCCAUAGUUUAUCGAACAAUGUUUUGAGUCGUGAGUGUAGUAAAGCGGUAUUAAUUAAUCCAAAUAGCACGUUAACUUUAAAGUGAACGGGAUUAUUCUGUGGGAAAAGAGCUACGAUGGGCUGUGGUUUAUCCAAACCAAAAUCUUCAAGAUCGUGUAACGAAGCAAAGAUGACAACUGCUGGCGCAGGGGAAGAUUACGUCGAAGAUUUUGUGUGCGACGAAAAUGACAUUGCAGAAAAUCAGAUGAAGGCCGUUGAGCUUGACGGCGGAAAAGUAUUGCUGGUCAAACAGAAGGGUAAGCUCACUGCCAUUGGCAACAAGUGUACACAUUUUGGUGCGCUACUUUCUACCGGAGCCCUCGGCGAUGGUCGUGUUCGGUGUCCUUGGCAUGGUGCUUGCUUCAACACCGAAACAGGAGACAUUGAAGAUUUCCCUGGGCUGGAUUCUCUGCCAUGCUUCCAGGUUACUGUGGACCAAGGCAAGAUUAAAGUUCGCGCCAAACGAUCCGAGUUGCAAGCAGGGAAAAGACAAAGGACGAUGGCCGCUAGACAACUGGAAGAUGACCGUACAUUUGUCGUAAUUGGUGGUGGGCCAUCUGGCGCCGUUUGUGCUGAAUCGCUGAGGCAGGAAGGGUUUGCGGGACGAUUGGUGUUGAUCAAUAAAGAGCCAUGCUUGCCGUAUGAUCGAAUUGUUGUCAGCAAGGCGUUGAACUUUGAGCUGGAUAAAAAACUUUUACGUAAUGAAAACUUCUACAGUGAGCACGACAUAGAAACCAUGAUUGGUGUGGAAGCAACCGAUUUAAACACGCAAAACCAAGAACUGACUCUGAGCAACGGAUAUAAAAUUAAGUACGAUAAAGUAUAUAUCGCUACAGGAUCCAAAGCUAGAAAACUGUCUAUUGAAGGGUCUGAUUUAAAAAAUGUAUGCGUUCUUAGGACAUUUGAGGAUGCCAAAGCUGUUAAUGCACAGCUAGGAGAAGAUAAAGAUGUCGUUGUCCUUGGAACUAGUUUCAUUGGACUUGAAGCUGCAGCGUACUGCGUUGGUAAAGCUAAAAAAAUAACAAUUGUCGGGCGAGGAACAGUCCCGUUGAAGGAAUCGUUCGGAGAUCAAAUUGGACACCGAGUUAUGGAGCUUUUCCAAGAAAAGGGAGUCGAGUUUGUUAUGAAUUCAGGUAUAAAGCGGUUUAUUGGUAAUGCAAACGGUGAGCUCGAGGCAGUAGAAAUACUUGAUGGAUCUAUAUUAAAAGUUGAUGUAUGCGUUAUGGGAACUGGCGCAACAUUGUACACUUCAUUUCUGGAAGGCUCUGGAGUUAAAAUCAACAAAAAUGGUUCGUUGGAUACAAAUUUGUAUCUAGAAACAAAUAUCCGAGGAAUUUAUGCCGGAGGAGAUGUAGCUAAUGCACCAGUGUUUUGUAACAAUAAUGAAUUGUCAGCAAUAGGACAUUACGGUUUAGCUCAGUACCAUGGGAAAAUCGCUGCUUUAAAUAUGCUCGGUAAGACCAAAGAAUUGAGAACUGUACCGUACUUCUGGACCAUGUUGUUCGGCAAGGGUUUUCGCUAUACUGGUUACGGUACACCUCAUGAAACUAUAAUCGAGGGAGAUUUGAGCCAACUUAGCUUCGUAGCUUUUUAUCUGGACGCUAACGGAAAGGUCAUCGCAAUGGCAUCAUGUGGUCGCGAUCCAGUUGUUUCCCAAUUUGCAGAAUUUCUAUCCCAAGGGAAAACGUUGCAUAAAAGCGAUCUGUCCCCUGAUCCGUUCGCAUGGACUAAAUAAAUGGACAUUUAUCCUGAUUUUGUAAAAACUUUUCCCGGAUGAGUGACCUCAAACAGUAUUUAAGUAUCGAUCGAUUUCAAACCACCUGUAUUGUUGCUUAGUAAAUUACUAAAUUUAUAUUAUGUUAAAUGUAUUUAUUAACCAUAUACAAAGUUAGCGAUAAAAUAAAAUGUUUCAUACAGA